GUUGUCGAGUGAAUACCUUCACCAAUUGUGUGAUUAAAAAUCAGGAAAAUCAAUUAAAUUAUCUCUUCCUUCUUAUAAUUGUUCUGAAUGUGAAAUAAGGAAACCAAACUAAAAAGAAAUUAAAAAAUUACAUAACUUUUUAAAAAAGGAAAUCAGGAAAAGAAAAUUUGUUAAAGAAAACCGGUAAAGAAAAAGUGAAAAAUUUUCAAGGAUAAUUUAAAAGGAUAAAGAAAGAAAAAAAUCACUUGUGGCAUUGAGGUUACAUGAAUGCAUCGACGUAGCAUAUAAAAACUUCGCACUCGACAUCAUCGAUAAACUUAGGAUAUUUAAUUUUUCAUCAUCAUUAAGGCUGAGAGCACAACAAACACAAACACACAGAAGAUGGGCGACAGAUCGCGAUCAAUAGUCGCGAUAACUUUUCUAGUAUUUUUAAGUUUAAAUAAAGUACAUUGUGAUGCACCAUUAGUUGAUUCAGCAGCUCUGCCAUUAGAACAUAGAAGUGUAUAUGGUCCACCAGCACCUGUGUAUGGAUCGCCUGGCAGUGGUUCAGCAGGAGGGUCUCAUGGCGGUGGUAGCAGUGGUGGAGGUGGUGACGAGCCAUGGCCAUUAGCAGCGACAUCUGACAAUCCUCAAAUCAAACAUCUUCAAGUGCAAUGUGAGAAAACUCACAUGCGCGUCAACAUCGAAUUCGAUCGUCCCUUCUAUGGAAUGAUCUUCUCGAAAGGCUUCUACAGUGACUCACAUUGUGUGCAUAUGAAACCUGGUGCAGGUCAUUUGAGUGCCACUUUUGAAAUCUUCCUUAACAGUUGUGGCAUGUCAAGUUCUGCUAAUCACAAUGCUAAUCAAUAUGGUGCACCAACACCAUCUGGAAGUUAUGUUGAGAAUACAAUCAUCAUUCAAUACGAUCCAUAUGUUCAAGAAGUGUGGGAUCAGGCAAGGAAACUUCGUUGUACUUGGUAUGAUUUCUAUGAAAAAGCUGUAACAUUCCGACCAUUCCAAGUUGAUAUGCUUCAUGCUGUUACUGCAAACUUCUUGGGUGACAAUCUUCAGUGUUGGAUGCAAAUUCAAGUUGGAAAAGGUCCAUGGGCCUCGGAAGUCAGUGGAAUUGUUAAGAUUGGACAAACCAUGACAAUGGUGUUGGCAAUUAAAGACGAUGAAAAUAAGUUCGACAUGUUGGUGAGAAAUUGUGUUGCACAUGAUGGAAAACGAGCUCCAAUUCAACUUGUUGAUCAGCAUGGAUGUGUCGUGAGACCAAAGAUUAUGAGUAAAUUCCAGAAGAUUAAAAACUUUGGACCUUCAGCAUCUGUCGUUAGUUUCGCAUACUUCCAAGCUUUCAAAUUCCCUGACUCAAUGAACGUGCACUUCCAAUGUGUUAUCCAAGUUUGUCGUUACAACUGUCCGGAACCAAAAUGCGGUCAUGGUGGACAUUCAGCAAUUUCAGGAGAAUAUGGAUUACCAGGGCCAUCAGGCGAUUACGGUGCACCACACCUUCCAGAUUACGGUGUUCCUCCAGCUUCUUAUGUUGACCCUAGACAUCCAGCAGAUGCUACUGGUGCUUAUUCAGAGAAUCAAGAAACAGUUGUUCCACCACCACAAGCUCAAACUGGGCCAAAUGCAAACUCUGCUGAAAAUCAAGGCGAUGAACAAAAACCAACAGCGGCACAACAGAAACAACAGCAGCAACAACAGCAGAAACCGAAUCCACAACAGAAUGAAGUUCACUUACCCCCACCACCACCUCCUGGUCAAUCUGGUUACAGCACAGUUAAGAGAAAAGAUACUUUUGAUAACAGCGGAAACUUAAUGACACUUGGUGGACGUCCACGAUCUGUGGAAGGUUUGGAUGAUCUUCGUGGUGUUCGUCGACGACGAGAAACUGAAACGAUGACAUUUGUUGUGAAGCCUCGCAUUUACAAGCGUGAUGCUCAAGAGAUGACAGACGUCAACACGAGUAGAACAAUUCAAGUUGUUGCACCAGGCGAUGUCAACUUUGCACUUAAUAAUGCCGCCAACAAUGAAACAGUUGUGAUUCAAUCAGCACGCACCGUAGAUCCAGAAACUAUUUGCAUGUCCGUGCCGAGCUUUGUUGGUGGAUUAGUCAUGUUACUCUUAGUUUUAGCAGUUGCUUCACUAGUAGCAGCUUUCUUGUUCGUAAGAGUCAGACAUUUCGAUCGCAAAGGCGCUGCUGCUUAUGUCUCAGAAUUCAUGAAAGUUAAUUAAGAGAUCAUCGAGAGAGUGAGUGAUCAAAGAAUCAAGUCGAAAACCAAAACGAAUUUUAUUAAACUUUUUCAUGUAAACUUUCUUCGAGGUUUUCUUUCUUUGUGAAAAAGAGAAAAAAAAUUAUUGAAUUGAGGGAUAAUUAAACUUGUGAACUUUCCCUCUCAUACCUCUUAUCUUAAGCACCAUAUUCAUUCAGUUCCGCGCGCCCUUUUAUUUAUUAUUAUUUAUUUCAUUCACAAUGGUUAAAGAAAAUCAAUUAAGCUCGAAACAUCCAUAGCAACAUAAAUAAUCAUCAUGAAUCUCAACACGAUAAACGAACGGACUAUUUUAAUUUUUUUUCUUUCUUAUUUAUUCUCUUACUAAACAUUAGAUAUGUGUGAACAUCUUCCGAUUAAUUUAUUAUGUGAAAAAUAAAAGCGAGAAAGAGCGAGAAUUCAUAUCGAAUAACAGUAAAUUUUAUAAAUUAAAUAAAAGAAAUUUUUGGAGAUUUACUACUUACUAACAACUUUAAUUACUUAAAGAAAACUUUUGAGCUUCGAUUUGAGUGAACGUUAAAGAUAAGACGUCGAUGAACGAAAACGAUUUUUCAUGUCAUUCGUGAUUAAUUAAAAUGAUAUUUAAGAUCGUGAAUGCUUUUAGGAUGUCGAAAUUAUUUAAUUGUACGAGUAAAAAAAAUUAAAUCUAUCAAUCUGAUAAUGGAAACAAUUUAAACAUCAAAUUCUUUGUCUUUGAACUUCACAGAUUGAUUUAUUUACAAUUUUUUAUCUCUCCAGGGAUUUUUAUAUCAAAUUGUAACACUUUUUAAAUCUUUCCUUUCUUUCGAACGAAAAUCUUAAGUUAAUGUAAAUAUUUAUUUUAUAAUAAAUGAAGAAUGCGAACAAGAAAUAUUGAAUAAAUAAUUAAAACAAAUAAAGCAAAGUUGUCAAUAAUGGAAGGAAAAAUAAUUAAAAAAAUAAAUAAAUCAGUAACUUUUUAUAAAAAUUGUGAAAAACUUUGAUCAAAUAAAAUAUUUGUAAAACAU